AAAGACAAUCGUUGACUCCUUACGGCGGUUCACAAAAUAAAACUACUUUGUCUUUCAUAUCGAUUUUACAUCUGGCAUUUUGUUUAAAUUUCUUAAUCUGUCCUUGACAUCAAUAAGCGCUCCCCCAGGUUGUUUCGUUUUCUUCGUUACUGGCUCGACGUGUGGCUACCUAAUGGCGUCGGCUAGUGAUCUUUUAUCAACCUUCAAGAAGGAUUUGGAGAAUCUCAAAGACAAUGAUAAAUACAAAAUAAAUGCUUUGACUAUCUUUGCGCGCGAUCAUAAAGAUACCAUUGGGGUUGCUCAGAGCAUUGUGGAUCUUACCCUUAAGCAUGUUCAAAUGAUACCGGCAGGAUUGAAGCUACUUGGCUUGUACGUAAUCGACUCAAUAGUUAAAAACGUAGGUACACCCUACAGAAAGUUGUAUACCGUGGAUAUUGUUGAUGCCUUUGUGCAUUCUUUUCAAUCGAUACGAGAUGAGAAGGGGCGGUUGAAACUGUACAAUUUGAGGACAACAUGGAAAGAUAUAUUUCCAAAUUCUAGGAUGUAUGAAUUGGAUAUUCGAGUGCGUGAGCAUGAUCCAGCUUGGCCUCUUUUAGCCAGCGCUCCUGAAGCGAAAGCUGCGUUUAGAUCUUUACCAAAUGUCCCAAAAAUACAAGCUAAAACGGAACCUGUGGUAGUUAGUGUAAAGCAGGAAGCGAAGGAAACUUCUUUGACAACGAAAACCGUCAUCUCAGCUUCACGUGAUCCGCGGCUUAAUCGGAAACGAAAGUCACCCCAAGAAUCUCAUUCAUCUGAAGAGUACCUUAUCGAUCGUUCAGGAGAUCAAAAUAUGGAGUCAGUUGCUCGAAAACAAGGUAAACAGGCGGAUGCUAGUGAGUUAUCUAAGAAGGUUAUGUUGUUCGGUGGUGAGGACUGUGAUAUGCGUUCACAAAACACAGUACCACCUUCUCCCGCUAGAUCAUCAGGUUGGUCAGAUUACAUUGGAAAGCAUAGUGAAGUCUGUUCUCGACGAGAAACGAAAGACAUAGAUAUGCGUUUUGCUCCGUCAGACCCUCCACUUGCCUGUUCUCCAAGUUUCAGUAUUUCUGAGAAGAUAUCGAAAGGACCAUUAGAUGUGUUAGCUAUUAAUAAACCUGACGCCGUAACACCAAUACCUCCUGUGUCCAGGUUCGACACAGAAGAACGCCUUCCACCGAGUGAAGUACAGUCUGGAAAAAGUUUUGGUAAUUGUAAUCCAGACAUAAAAUUACGUCCUGAGAUUUUAAAAUCUGAAAAUAUUCCACCUCGAUACUCCAAAGUAGAUAAUUUCGUCCCAGUGAAGGAACAUCAUCCACCACCUCGCAUUGCAGAUUUCCCCAGAGAUAGACCACAGUUAAAUUCAUCCUUCCAGCCACCUGCAAUCCCACCUAUCCGUGGGCCACCGAUUCGUGGUCCUGUAUGGAGUGUUGAGAUCAAUGGAUUUCCAGACAUGGUUAAUAUUGGCGUCGAUCCACGAAUGCUUAGUCUUGUAACUCAUCCCAAGCCACCAAGACGGAUAACUAUUGAUGGUCAACAGUUCACACUGUUAUUAGAUAGAGUUCAACCAUUAAUAGCAAUUGGGGAUCGCAUACAUGCUGUACGAUUCCGGUGUGAGUUUGCUACUAUUGUUAUUGAUGGUCAUUGCUUCAACAUUCCUGGCACAGGUUUUACUCGUGUUUCCAUUGGACCUAGAUUCUAUGUGGCAUACCUAGGUGGUCCGGGUCAUGAACUUGUUAUCGAUGGUCGUCCACACACUGUCCCUACAACAUCCCACCUAACUUUCAUAAAUGUCGGUCUUCAUUCAGUCGGUGUAAAAUUUGUUGGAAACGUGCCAAGGAAUGUUAAUGUCUUACCACCUAUUCCUCCUCGUCUACUCAAGUGGGCAGGUCAAGGUUUGUUUGGUUCACCUAAAAAUCUGUUUAUGGCACCACUCAACCCUAUCAAGGAACUUGCACGCCUCGCUGAACAUGGAUAUAGUUCAAGAAACCAUGCUUCUUUUGUAAACAGACCUGUAGGCAAUGGAAAGCGACCGUCACCUAUGCAUCCUACAGAUGCUCCAAAUAGCAGUAACCAAAGUAAUGGACAAAAAUUACCAGAGUUUGCGAACCCUGAUAUCAGUAGUAAGAGCGAAAAACCUUUACCAAACAAAGAUGAGAGCUCAUCGAAUACAAGUACUCCGCUUAACAUAGAUGUGCAUGAGUUAUUCAAAAAGUUGGUUAAAGCUGGUAUAGUGCCCAGUACAGAACAUGAAAAGAAACCAGAACCUCCUGAGCUAGGGAGCUACAGCUGGGAGCGUUUUAAGAAUCCAUUCGCUGUUGAGAUUGACGAAUUAUAUAAUGGUCACCAAUGUGGUCAGUGUGGUCUGCGUUUCCAAAGUGACCUUUCACCGGAGUUUGCAAAGCACCUUGAUUACCAUUAUAUGAAGAAUUCAAGUUAUGGACAAGAACGACGCAGUCGUAACUUCUAUCAACCAUUACAGUAUUGGUUAAUUAGUGAAAUGACACGAGAGGGCGCCCCUCAAUUCGAGCCUGGUAGUCCGAUCCACGAUUUACAAGAGUACAAAUGCACAGCAUUCGCGGAUCCAUCGAAAAAUGUCACACUCUGGAUAACAUUUCUGCCUUUAUGGAAUCCCACUAGACAAUAGAGACUAUAGAACUUGACAAAGUAGUAACUACUUGGAUAAGUGCCAGAAUGCGUUGUAGAGCCGUAAAGAGAUAUAUGCAGGUAUGAACCAGAAAAAGGAUUCGAGUAUUAUCAGCUUCUCGUUGAAUACAGAUAAGUAAAAUAAUCGUGAAGAAUACCAUCCUAGGAUCUCACUACUUUUUUCGCUCGUGCACUUAAAUCUUAUUGCUUUUAAUAGUACCAGAAACGUACUAUUGAUGAAAUGAAUUUCAGACUGCCACGAAGUGCGCAUUUAGACCUUAUCGUAAUUCUGAUAUCUCGUAAGUGUCACUAGGUUAUCUGUUAGGUUUUCUCAUACUCAACAGUUUUAUAAAUAGUACUCCCUAAGUUACCCUAAACCUAAUAGAACACAUUUGACCCUGAUAAUCCUAUCGAAGCCUCUGGAUAAUUAUAGAUUUUACAAAAGAUUACUUUCUGCUCAGCAUUCCUAUGUUCUAAGAGUAUCGCGUUGUAUACAACUGAACUGUUAUUUAUUUAACAAUUCUUAAGACUGUCGUAAUAGUUCUAAAUAAAUUAUAUUCCCGGGUAACGGUGUUGGAAAAUUUUUAGUACCAAGACUUCUAUCGCUUUCUAAUAAGGCAGAUUAUAUAUUAUAAAAUACUAACAGUUACACUCAGUCGAAAUCUAGGGUUCAGCUCUAAGUAUUCUCUAGAAUGAUUCAAUGAUAUCUCUUGAAAUACGGUUAAUCAAUGGGCAAUCAGUAGUUCUAUGUUUAUCGUACCCAACGGUAUCUAGAACCAACACAUUUUAAAUUGCUGGUCACGAAACGCGAUUCUUACCUUCAAGUAACUUGAUACUCUGGUGGUUUACAUUUUACCGUUUACAAAUUUAUUGGUUGUUUUAAGCUUCUCAUGCGUUUUGUAAAUUGCGAUACCCAGCGUUCUAAUUUAUUGUCGUUUGUAGAUGCUUGGUUGGAAUGUAAUUGUAUUUCUCAGUUUUUAAAUUGAUCUUAAAAGUCGUAACUACACAAUUUUAAUUAGCUUCGCUUAGUUUUGGAGUUGAUAAAUUGUUCAUUUCCGUAGCUAGUUGUAUAAAUAGCGGAUAAUAUGGUAACUGCGUUUAUCUAUGUGUCAAUCGGUAUGUAUUAACUCCUUGGUUCAUAUAUGUGUAUGGAACGGUAGGUUGUCACUGCUGUGAAGUCCGCGAUAAGCGUAAACAAUUUCUGUUAAUGUUAGUUUUCUCUCAAGAAGGCUGCCAUUAGAAGACGUUCUUUCAUCCUAAUUGUUAUCUUCCCUAAAAAAGAAAACUUGGACAAGCACUGAGGUUUGGUUUAUAAAUCCGAGUGGAAAUGACUUCGAUCUUUCCUGUGUGUGCAGCUGACAAAUUUCGUUUCAGAAACUUUUUGUGGUGAUUUAUAAUUUUAUUCUUAGCAGACCAGGCGAUAGCCUGGUCCAAUAUGGCACCAAGAAAUCAUUACGCUUGCGGUAUGUACUUCGGAAGUUUAUCCAGAUAAAAAAUCAUGGGGAGGGGUGUGGCUUUAUGACUCCAUUUCCUUUAACCCUUUCUUCAGUAUUUCGCAAAUUUUAUUUAGGAACUGAAGAAAUGCUCAAGAGUACUUUGUAUGCCAGCCAUUUUGGUUGAUAACACUCGUCUUUGCAAACAAGGUCAAUAGACUUAGUUGACAAACCAAAUCACAUUACAUAGAAUCCAGUAGUUACAUAUUUCUGCUUCCUAUGAUUAACAUGUUAGUAAUGCGCUUUUAGUGACUAGGAUUAUUUAUCUCACAUGCUAGUUUUAAAUGUAUUACUCAAAAUUUUCUGAUGUUUUAAGUUAUUUUUUGGAAAUAUAUUAGUGCCCAGUUUACAUUGCGAUCGCUGUAACUAAUACAGAGAUUCAUUUUAAAUUUGGAUAACCAAAAGCUAGCGAUCAUUUUGUUAGCUCUUUUUAGAGCCAAAAUAAUGCUCAUAGGCGGUACCAUAUAGGUUUGAUGUACUAACCUGUAAUCAUAAUGUGUUGUAGAGGAUAAUUACAUAACUUGAUGUUGGAAAUAGAUGGAUACAAUUGAGUUAAAGCCAGUAACUCCUUAAACUCUUUAAAUACUGGCCCAUAUCUUUGGCUAAACUGCUAGCAAAAAGUGUACAACUUUGCUUAUCCGUCGACGUCGCUUGGAUUCACCUCGUUUGUGAUUUGGAAUGAACAUAGUUUACCUUGGUAAAUCUUCUAAGGCUGUUUUUGUAAACUCAGAAGGAUAUUAUUUAGGUUUUGGCGUUCGUAUCGAAUUGAUACGAUUUGGUGCUCUAAUUCAAAUAGUCUCAUCUUUCUAAAAAACAAGAUAAAGAAUUCCAGGAAUUCAUAUUACAGACAGAUACACUACGUGGGAUCUUGAAUAAAUAUUUAUUAGUUAAGAUUGCUAUACUUGCUGCUACAUGAACAAGUUCACAGGAGUAGAAAUAUAAUAUACGGCUGAUAGUGAAAUCUUGAAAUAAAUAAUUGGUAGAGAAAAGAAUAAAAUUGGUUACUAAAUCACGAGAACUAAGGAAACUAUCACAACAAUCCACUUAGUCAAUACGGUCUACUGAUUUACUGUCUUUUUUAGUACCAGUCGGAUUGUAACAUGUCUCACUUAAGAGAAUUGCAUCUGAAAAGUUUUAGUGUUAUUAUUCAAGGAGCUUGUAACACUGUAUUUAUUCGACAUUGCGAGACGGAUUUAUGUGAUUGAAGCACUUCAGGUCUAUUAGGGAGUUUUAAUUCAAGAAAACGAUUUCCAAAAACCUUAAUGCAGAAUGCGGUAACUAAGAGUAUGUUGAUUAAAAGUAAAAGAUUUGAACAGCUCUAUUGGAAACCAGUGGAUAUGGUUAGCGCAAUUUAUUGUAACCUCUGACUUCGUUUACGAAAUGCAAGUUAUCAGAGUUAAAUAAGUGACUAUAAUGUAUUCCCAGUGACUUCAAAAGAGAUAAUUACGUGUAGUGAUGAUCAAUUAUGAGUUGAAGAAUAUUAAUAUACAUAUCUCAGAGCGUGUGAUUCGACGUAAGCCAAAAAAGAAUAAAGUCGUCACGCAUUUGCAAUUGCUUUAGGAGGAUUUAGGGGACUGAGUAAUCGUUUCCUGUACAGAUACUAUCAUUGAAUCGUUGAGAUCAGUAGUAAUAAACGACAGAAUAAGCUCUAUCCCUAGUCUACACUUCCUAAUUAUUUCCUGUCAAGAAAUGUAUUCGGCUCAUCAAUAAUUACCUUAACUAAUGGGAUAUCACCGAUAACCUCAAUGGUAUUUCUCGCCACCUGAGUAUUUUCUAACCGGAUUUUAAUCUUGAACGAUAUAUGUAAGUGUAGACGAUAGUCAGGUACCCAUAACAUGUAACGACCAUCAGUGAAGGUUAACUGUCCUCUUCAUUUAGUGUUUUACUUAUAUGAUCAGUUUUACUGUCAUAUCAAUCCCAAAAUACGUGACCACUUCUUUGAAAGCAUACAGGACUGAAUAUUAGCGACACGCCCCCUGUCUUUCACGAUGUUUUAUUCAUUUAUUUAUUUUAACACAUAGAUAUUGGUACAAGGAGGCACCAGAUACAUAUGCGCCACACAAAUCUCAUUUGAUAUGUGUGAGGGCUGUGAUACUGCCCGGGUGCC